GAUAACUGAUAAGUAGUAGAAUAAGAAGCAUUUGGCAUUUAGAUUAAAUCCGAGAGUAAAAAAACGGAAAUUACUUGCGUGAGCACCUAAUACUAAAGGAACAGAGGAGCAUAUGUGAGUAGGAAGGCAGGAAGCGAAGCUUGUUAUAACCGAGCCCAGGUGCCGCUGGCGCAGUGUACGGAACAGUGAAAUCAGCGUUUUGGUGGCAGUGGAGACAGGGAAGCUUCCUCUGCGCCAUUUGAAGGCUUGGACUCAUUAUCGAUAGGAGACAAAAGCAAGGAAAGACACAUUGAUUCAUAUUCGCAUCAUCCCGGAGAAGAUGACAGUGACGGUGGGAGUUCAGAUCCAGCAACAGCAUCAGAGCAGAAUGGCCCUCCCUGAUUUCCUCCAGAGCGUGAAUCUCAAGUACGUCAAAUUAGGUUACCACUACCUGAUCUCCAACCUCCUAACCCUAUUCCUCGCCCCACUCAUCCUCGUCGCUCUCAUCCAGGUCUCCCAAACCACCGACCUCCACCACCUCUGGCUCCACCUCCAGUACAACCUCCUCACCAUCCUCACCUGCUCCGCCGUCCUCGUCUUCGGCGCCACCCUCUACGCCGUCACCCGCCCCCGCCCCGUCUACCUCCUCGACUCCUCCUGCUUCCGCCCCGCCGACCACCUCAAGGCCCCCUUCCAAAGCUUCAUGGACCACUCCCGCCUUACAGGCGACUUCGAGGAUUCCUCCCUCGAUUUCCAGCGCAAGAUCCUCGAACGCUCUGGCCUCGGAGAGGAGACCUACGUUCCCGAGGCCAUGCACUCUAUUCCGCCUCAGCCCUCUAUGGCUGCCGCCAGGGCUGAGGCGGAACAAGUAAUGUUCGGUGCUCUGGAUAAUCUCUUCCAGAGCACCGGUCUCAAACCAAAGGAUAUUGGUAUCCUUAUUGUGAAUUGUAGCUUGUUUAACCCCACGCCUUCUUUGUCUGCCAUGAUUGUUAAUAAGUACAAGCUGAGGGGUAACAUUAGGAGCUUUAACCUAGGUGGGAUGGGGUGCAGUGCUGGUGUCAUUGCUGUUGAUCUUGCCAAGGAUCUUUUGCAGGUCCAUAGGAACACCUAUGCUGUGGUUGUUAGCACUGAGAAUAUUACUCAGAAUUGGUACUUUGGUAACAAGAAAUCCAUGCUCAUUCCCAAUUGCUUGUUUCGCGUGGGCUGCGCUGCGCUGUUGCUCUCUAAUAAGCCCGCCGAUCGCCGGCGGGCUAAGUAUAGGCUUGUUCAUGUGGUGAGGACACACCGGGGCGCCGAUGAUAAGGCCUUCCGGUGUGUCUACCAGGAGCAGGAUGAUGCUGGGAAGACGGGGGUGUCUUUGUCUAAGGAUCUGAUGGCAAUUGCUGGGGGAGCGCUCAAGACCAACAUCACCACGCUUGGUCCUUUGGUGCUGCCAAUUAGUGAGCAGCUUUUGUUUUUCACGACCUUGUUGAUGAAGAAGCUGUUCAAGGCUGAUGUGAAACCUUAUAUACCCGAUUUCAAGCUUGCUUUUGAUCAUUUCUGCAUCCAUGCUGGGGGCAGGGCUGUGAUUGAUGAGUUGGAGAAGAACCUGCAGCUGCUUCCGGAGCAUGUGGAGGCUUCUAGGAUGACCCUUCACCGGUUUGGGAACACUUCCUCAAGCUCCAUUUGGUAUGAGUUGGCUUACAUUGAAGCCAAAGGGAGGGUGAAGAAGGGCAACAGGAUUUGGCAAAUUGCAUUUGGAAGUGGUUUCAAAUGUAACAGUGCGGUUUGGGAGGCGCUGAGAAAUGUCAGGCCUUCUCCUAAUGGACCAUGGGAAGAUUGCAUUCAUAGGUACCCUGUGGAGAUAGUUACAUAGUUCAGUUCAGUCAUACUCUGGUUACAAUUGAAUUCAGGGCACCCUUCAUUAGUUUCCAGAUCCUUUGUCUCUCUGUUGUAGAUUCAUAGUGUAAUUCACUUCACUACCUCUUUUGUGUUUGAUGAUUCAUGAUUGUGGCUUUCCAUUUGGUCAAAUUCAUGUAUCUGGAGUAAUGUGAUUGGGGAAUUCCUGAUUUUUUAUUCUCCCUGUUGAUGCUCUUUUACAUUUUGCUUUUAAUUGUUUUUUAGCCUUAAAACAUUGUUUUUCUCACCA